AUGUACCGCGCACCCCGUACACCGUUUUAUGCAACCACAUUAGUUGCUGUAAAUGUGGUGGGUUUAUGGGAAUUGUAUCUUCAGUACCGCGAAUGGAAAACAUAUUUUUCCACCAAAAUACCCUCACAGUUUGCUGACUCUAUUAAUGAAGAGGAAUUUCUUGCGAGCCAAUCGUACAGUAGAGAGAAAACUUUUUGGGGUAUUGUAACUCAUGCCAAAGAUAUUAUAAUCAAUAAUCUGGUUAUGGUGACGAAACUUCCCUCAAAAAUAUAUAAAUGGGUAGCAAAGUCAGCUCCUGUUACUGCAGGAUCUUUUAAACACUGUUGUACGUAUUCUAUUGCGUGGGAUUUAAUCUCCACCUUAAUAGAAAUUCCCUUCAGUUAUUAUAGCCAAUUCGUUAUUGAGCAAAAACAUGGAUUUAACAAAAUGACUAUUGGAGAGUUUGUAAAGGAUGAGAUUAAAAUGCUUUUACUUCGGGUAUUUCUUUUACAUCCUAUUAUGACAGCUUUAGUUCUUGAAAUUGCGAAUCGAUUUGGUGAAAAGUUUCCCUUGUACUUUUUCUUCUUUGCAACAAGUAUUCUGACUUCUUUUACAUUUGUGUUUCCAACACUUAUUCAACCAUUAUUCAAUAAAUAUACACCUAUACCAGAAGAUUCAAACUUGUAUGUGAAAAUUUCCAAACUGGCAAAACUGCAUAAUUUUCCACUAAAUAAAGUGUAUGAAGUGGAUGGUUCACGGCGGUCAAGUCAUAGCAAUGCAUAUGUAUAUGGAUUCUGGAAAAACAAAAGAAUUGUUCUCUAUGAUACAUUAAUCAAGCAAAUGGAAGGUGAUGAUGAUGCUCUCCUUUCUGUCCUCUGUCAUGAACUUGGACAUUGGAAAUAUAGUCACUCUCAUAUUAUGCUUGGUAUUGGUGUUGCACAGCUCUUUUGUAUUUCUUUUGGCGCAAAAGGAGUUAUAUUUAACCCUGAAAUUUGUAAACAAUUUGGUUUUGAUGAACCAAAUCCUUUUAUUGGUUUUCAGAUAUUUCUUCUUAUUUUGGAGCCAUUUUUUACACCCUUGACGUAUGCUGUUUCA